AUGUCACAAGAAGGGAAUCAAAUGCCCACAGCAAGUGGCAUGCCAUCUCCAAACCAGACAACCCAAGAAUCCAACACACAUCCACCGUCCCAUUCUCCACCCCCUCGCCCAACAUCCGACACUAGCGAGCAGGAAAUGGGGCAAUCCUGCGAAUUUCACUCCUAUUACUCUACCACGCCUGCGCCCGUCCAGCAAGCGCAAAUCAUGCAGCACGAACAACACUCUUGGAUCAGUCAGCAAAUUGCAGAAGCCCAAGAGGUGUUUGCCAGGAUCGAGAGGCUGAACAGGCGAUUAGAGCAAGUUCGGAGUCGCCGGGAGGAAAGAAUGGUUCGCCUUGGUGAGCUACGGAGGGAGUUGCUUGCGUUGCAGCGUGCUGGGUCUGAUGCCGACAUUGAUGUUAAUGUUGGUAAUGCCGUUGGCGAUGAGGGGUCGUGGAGGGAUUCGGGUGCUUCUACGGUGCGGAGUGGAAAUGCGCCGCGGGGCAGCAUCGAGGACGUUGGCAAUGUUGUUGAUGAAGGCGACGGGGCCGAGGAGGAUGCCUUUGUCGACGAUGAUGCACAUUUACCCGAGUUGGCACUUUGUCGUUUUUCAAGCCCAUGGUACGACUCCUCUGCCCGCUCUUAUGAUGGGGAAAACAAUGAAGACAUUGUACGAAGAGACGGGAAUGCUAUAGGGGGGUUUAUCUCAGAUGGCGAUAUGGUAUACUGGUCGGAGUAG